AUGGCGCUUUUUUCAAGAGAGACGCAGGCGAUUUUCUAUAACUACAAACCGGCACCGAUCCAGAACAUGCUCGAUUUUGACUAUGUGUGCUACCGCGAGACGCCGUCUGUUGCCGCCGUGGUGACCCCGGGCGCCACGAGCGGCGGCUUUCGGAAAGCGUUCUUCGGACACCGGGAGAUCACGCUUCCCGAAUAUGGUAGUCUAGCGGAGGCUGCACGUCUGCACCCUGAGGCAGACGUCCUGAUCAACUUCGCAUCGUACCGGUCCGCUUUCGACUCGUCGCUGGAAGCACUCCGAACCGCAACCAUCAAGACGGUGGUUAUUAUCGCUGAGGGUGUUCCCGAACGAGAGACGAAACGGCUCAUCGCGGAGGCCGGAGCCCGAAACAAGCUGAUCAUUGGACCGGCCACUGUCGGAGCGAUUCAAGCUGGGGCCUUCAAAGUCGCCGACACCGCUGGUACGCUGGACAAUAUCCUUCGCUGCCGACUGCAUCGUCCCGGCUCCGUAGGGUUCGUCUCCAAGUCGGGGGGGCUCUCAAACGAGAUGUAUAAUGUGCUCGCACGAGAGACCGAUGGCAUCUUCGAGGGUAUCGCCAUUGGGGGCGAUACGUUCCCGGGCUCGACGCUACUCGAUCAUGUGCGACGUUUCGAAAGCAUUCCGGAGAUCGCCAUGAUCGUCAUGCUCGGCGAACUCGGAGGCGUUGAUGAGCUCCGUGUAGCCGAAGCGAUACGCAAGGGCGACAUCACCAAACCCCUUGUCGCCUGGGUAAGCGGAACCUGCGCUACGCGCUUCCAAAGCACGGAGGUCCAGUUCGGACACGCUGGUGCCCGAGCAGGCCAACAAGACCGCGAGUCAGCAUCAGCGAAGAAUGCAGCGCUCAAAGCUGCCGGUGCCAUCGUCCCGCAGAGCUUCGAGUCAUUCGCCACCGCUAUUCGUGACACGUUUGCAUCGCUGAAGCGACAACCUGUCCCCGAACGUGAUCCGCGACCGUUGCCCCUGGAUAUGGCAGAGGCGCUGCGCAGUGGAAAACUACGCAAGGCCACCAAUAUCGUCUGCACCAUCUCCGAUGAUCGUGGUGACGAGGUCACCUAUGCUGGCAUGCCGAUUAGCACCAUUAUUCGGGAUGACCUGGGCGUUGGCGAUGUGAUUUCGCUUUUGUGGUUCAAGCGACGUCUUCCUCGCUGGGCCACAAAAUUCAUUGAAAUGUGCUUGGUCAUUGCAGCGGAUCACGGGCCGUGUGUGAGUGGGGCCCACAAUGCCAUUGUGACGGCUCGAGCUGGCAAAGACGUCGUUUCGAGCUUGUGCUCGGGUUUGCUGACCAUCGGGCCGCGCUUUGGUGGUGCUAUUGAUGAUGCUGCACUGAAUUUCAUGCGCGGAGCCGACGAAGGCAUCCCACCCGACGAGUUUGUAGAAUCCCUGAAAGCAUCUGGUAGACGUAUUGAGGGCAUCGGGCAUCGGAUCAAAUCCGCUUCCAGUCGCGACCGACGAGUCCAACUGCUUUCGCAGUAUGCACGCGAGAACUUUCCCUCGGUGCGGUACCUGACCUAUGCGGAGGCCAUCGAAGCAUACACGUUACAGAAGUCGCCGCAUUUAGUCCUGAAUAUCGAUGGAUGUAUCGGGGCGUUGUUUGCAGACCUCCUGCGAGGCGUCUCCGAUAUCCUCUUCCAUCAACCGAACAUGGAUCCCGUGGCCUGCACAACCGCAGUAAGGAGCGUUAUUGAGCUCGGCGCGCUCAAUGCGCUCUUCGUGCUCGCUCGCUCUAUCGGUAUUAUUGGGCACAUCAUCGAUCAGAGGAGGAUGAAGCAGCCUCUGUAUCGACACCCAUGGGAUGACGUAUUGUACGCCACGAACGAUGACGUGACCUCGCUGCGCUGGAAUGAGGCACUCCGCGGAGAUGGAUCACCAGCACCUUCCCCCGGUGCUGACGGAGGCGCUCUCGAGAAUCACGUCGCUACGAGACGUGGUGACGACUAG